GGGCGAAAGAUUUGGCGCAAGUUAAUCGGCCUCAACUGCGUGGGGCAGUGAAAUCACCGAUAUUAGCAUUGUGAAGGAGAUGAAGAAUGUUGAAGUGGUAAAUCUCAGCAUCAAUCGCAUUUCAUCGCUGGCUGCCUUCGCUCAAUGCAAAAGCCUCAAGGAGCUGUACAUCAGGAAGAACAACAUUGCCAGUCUCACCGACAUCUACCACCUGAGGGCGCUACCGAACCUCCGCGUGCUCUGGUUGGCGGACAACCCGUGUGCGAUCGGAGACGAGUACAGGAAGACUGUGUUGGGAAUUAUCCCUAACCUGGUCAAGCUGGAUAACACAUCCGUAACAGAGGAGGAGAGGUGUGGGGCUCAGCAGCAGGAGGAGGUGAACGGACGAGCGAGCAGCCCCGAGGAAGAGGAGGAGGAGGAGGAGGGGAAGGACCUUCUCGAGACGAGAGGGAAGACCGCACGAGAGAAGCGGCGGGAGCGGCUGAGUCUGGCGCAGGUGAAGGAUCCCGUCUCCUCUGCCGUCGCUACGAAUGCCGGCAAAGGAAACAAUGUGUUAACGGCCGUGCUGUGCCUCUUGAGAGAACUCGACGGCGACAGUCUACAGAUGGUCGUCAGUGCCGCCAGCGACCGGCUGGAGACGCUGGCGCCACCUUGCCACGAAACGGCAAAACUCCACGCCACCAUGACGCCUUCCCCGCCGAAGAGCGAGUCGUCACAGAGAGAGUCACCAGUGAGUGAGAGGUCAGCAGACAGCGAGCGGUCACGGAGCGUGGGCAGUGCGUCAUCACGCAGCGAGGCAGGGCUGCAGAUCGAGUCAUCGUAGGAGGAUGCUGCGUGAGUGUUACCGUGGCUACGCGACAACAUCCUAGCAUCGUCACAGAGGUGGGAGGGUGUCUGGGCGUCAUCGUGGAAAAGAGACGUCCGUCCGAGCUACAGACUGUAUGACUACUGCAGAGAUGCCAACCACUACAAUUUAUCCGUAUUUUAUGCGAAUUAUCGUGUUGCAUUGUUGCACCCCUAUGACUUUGCAUAAACUACGUUUUUAUUAAGAUAGAAAUAAAAUUUUUUAAUGAUAUUUCAGUGGUAUUUUAUUUCAGGUUUACAUUGGAUUAUACAUGAUGAAAAUAACUAACAUAUUUAGCAGC